CCUCAGGUGGCACUGCACCCUGUCUUUCUGUUGCCGGUCCUCUUCUUUGCGGCGCAGUUACAAUCUUCCCCUCUUCUAAUGAGACCCCGCUUAUCGAAGUCGCUGCCUGCGCACUGUUGAAGCCGUCACCACCCUGUAUCUCAUAGUUGAUACUCACCUGUCUUUCUCUUGACCUGGCUUCGAGUGCACGUUCACCCACACAGUCGCAGUCUACAUUAUUUUGAUUUGGAACAACACAAGUUACAGGAGGCGCUUACUGUACAUUGAGUUACGCAGUCUCUACCAUGGCGUCUCUUCGUGUCCCUGCACCAACGCCGGUCUCUACAUCUGCACUCGCCAAAAGGCGCAGUAUCCACAUCCCACUUUCUAGUCACGGCAUGCCCAAGGCUCCCCGCGCUCUAUCUCCAGAGCGACCUCACAGAUUCUCGGCCAUCAUACUACCGAACUCUCCCGCGAAAUCAUCACCAAUGUCUCCUCUGUCUUCGGGACCAAUGUCACCGCCCAUGUCAGCCAAGUCUUUUGGCACGUUCAUCGACUCGGCACCGUCCACACCGGCGUAUUCACCAAGGCAGGAGGGCGGGGAAUGGAGUGAUUCCCAAAUCACAAUACUGCGGCCCAUGUCCUCUGCUUCACUACCGUCCAGCCCCACGGAGCCCGCCUGGGACAUGAUGGCCCCGUUAGAGCAGUCAAUCCAAGCUAGCCCAACAUCAGAGGAUCACAGCCUCGCAAGACCGAAACUCUCAACCGCUGCCUCAACACCACUCACACUCUCCAAGCCCGUAAAGAGGAUUAAGCUAGCCACCCCACCCCAAGCAGCCGCCAUAGAUCUGCCUGAUAUGACCACACCUAUCGACAGGGAGACUGCGCUCCGGAAAGAAGCAGAGGCCCAAGCACGCAAGCUCGUCGAGGAAGAAGAAGAAGCUACCGCCGCCGCAGCAGCAAAGAAGCCGCAAGAAGCACCCGAGAAGUCACAGCCCCUGUCUCCGAAAAGCGACACCGCGCCGCUCGGCAAGCUCGCAACGAGGAUGAAGUCGCUGCUGAAGCGCAAGCCGGGCGAGAAGAAAAAGGAGAAGAAGAGCCGAUCGCACCAGGAAUUCGAUCGCUUGGAGGACGCGCACUGGUCGGAGAUGUAGACGCUAUUUGCACUCUCGUCUCGACGUCGCCGCACCACCUUAGUCUCGCUUUCUGCGUACCCAUUUCCCGAGUUUCAUUCCAUUGCUCAGCGGGUCAGAGAUACCGCUCCGCACACAGUUCACCUGGGUGGUCACUUGUUCUGACAGAAUUGAUACCCUCGAGACGCCUCUGUCUCUUUUUGUUCUGCGCUACGCUCAUUAUACCUGUC